AUGAGUGAGCCAACCACUCCUUUCAAAGUGUCGGCUACUUUCCCGUACACGUCAGAAUACGAUGAUGAUUUGAAUUUCGAAAAGGGUCAGAUCAUAACAGUACAAUCUGUUGAAGAUGACGAGUGGUUUUUCGGGGAAUACAUGGGUAAAGAUGGUUUAAAAAAAGAGGGCAUUUUCCCAAAAAGCUUUGUAACACUUGAUAUGCCUGGGGUGGAUGUUGCGGGGUUGCGAGGUGGGUCUGGGUUGCACGAUAUGGAUUCAGGGAGGGUUUCAAAGGCUGAAAGUUCUGUAAAUCCGGUUACGGAUGUUACGGAGGAUGUGACGGAGGAUGUAUCGCAUGAAAGCGCAACUGAACGCGAUGCAGACAUGGAGGAUACUCAGGGCAUUGACGUGGGCACGAACAACUCCGCGGACAUCGAGACCGGUCCCGCAACAUCCGAUAUAGCGCCUUCAAAAAUUGAAGACAAGAAAAAUCAAAUGAACACUGUUGAGACUCCUUCCAAGACGAAUACUCUCAAAAUGCCGCCCUUGCACAUACCAAAUUUUGGUGAUAGUAUUCACGGUGGAGAUCAAGACGCCAACCGCGACACUUCUGCAAGCGCGAUUCAAAUUGAAAAACCCAAAAUGAGCCUCAAGGAAAGAAUAGCGCUACUCCAGGAACAACAGAAACAGCAGCAGGAGGCUAUGGAGAAACAACAAAAGCGCGAUCAUCACGAAGCCAUGGUUCAUGCUGAAAGUCCCGUGGAACGGCCAUCUGAGACUUUGAAGGCUCAAGACGAGACGUUAGAGGCAGAAGGCGGGGAAGAGGAAGCCGAAUUAGGUGAAGAAAGCAUAGGGACUGUACCAGCAAUAUCUGCUAUACCUGGGGCAGCUCCUCCUGAUGCCGGCCUCACAGAGAAACUCUCCGGAGUCGAGGUUAAACCAACUGGAAACCUGGAAACUGUCUCAAGACAAGAAGAAGAAGGUACAACUUCAAAAGAGGAGCCCUUACAGGAAGAUCCUGGUAGUGCAGAGAUUGAUGAUGAAGAGGCGAGGCGUGCUCACCUGAGAGACCGUAUGGCUAGAUUGGCAGGGGCUGGUCGUAUGGGUAUGCCAGCGUCUUUCAACCCAUUUGGACUACCCACCGGAGCUAGUCGUAACCCUGAGAAGGAGACUAAGGUUAGAGAAGAAACCUCAAAUGCAGGCUCUCCACAGGAGGACAAGGGUCAUUUUCCAGCAGCAGUUCCUGUCAUGCCGUUCGCCGAUCCGAAUGCUUUGCAAAAAUUGAGAAAAGACUCUACAACAAGUGCGACGGAAGAAGCAGAUCAUGAAAAGGGUGAUGUGCAAGAUGAGCCAUUAACUGGGGAGUUCAUGGUAACACCAAAGGCAUCUGAGCAACAGUCGGCUCCUCCUCAGCCUACCAAACCACCUCACGACUAUGCAAAACUGAUCGGUGGGAUGAAUCCACCCAUGGACACACCUGGGAUGGAAGCGGAUGAUGAGGAUGAGGCCGGUAAGGUCGAUAGUGCAUAUUUUGAGAAAGUUGAAGUUAACCCUGUUAAAGAAGAAAUAGACAGAAAGAUGCCAGAUCGGGUCAAGAACACUACAAGCGAAGCCUUGCAAGCUGACAUUACCGACUUGCGUAGCAGUGGAUUUAAUUCUGACUCUGCGGGAUACCAGUCCUCUGAUGAAAAUACUGACGUUGGUGUUAAACUCCUUUCAAAUUCUCCUACAAGCCCACUCAAAGAUAAAGUGCGCUCCGGUUUGGGUCAAAUUAGCGGUACACGCGAUAAAACAAGAGCUUCCAGCAGGCUAAGGGAAACAGAAACCUUGGGAACCUAUGAGAGAGGAUAUGCUGAUUACACCACGUCGGAAAUCGACUCUGAGGCAGGCCCUGACUCACCAGAUGAUUUCGUCGAUUCAGCAAUUGAACAACCAGGACCUCCUAUCGCGGAGCCCUCGCAUGCAACAGCUGUGCCGCGAAUCCCAGGUGCUCCUCCUCCCAUACCACUGAAGGAAGACAAAGAUGCACUCAUCCGUUCUGCCGUUCCUAAGGCUGCUCCUCCUCCCCCACCUCCAGCCGGCGAGAUUAGAAGAUCUAGCGAACUGGAAAGCAGUAGGCCUGCUGCAACCACGUCCCACCAAUCUAUUGAGAAUACUACUAAACGUGAGAUUCCUGCUAUCCCCUCUGUUCCUUCUGUUCCUUCAGUCCCUCCUGUACCUUGUGUUCCUCCAAUACCUUCAGCCCAUUCUAGUGUCUUUAAAGAAGAGCAUUCUCACCCAGGCUUACACGGAGCGCCCGAAGAACCAUCGGCCCUAACUCCACCUACAGUGGUUCCGCCUCCACUGCCACCUGUGGGUAUGCCCUUAGCAGCUGUGCACCAUUCACAUCCCGAUAGUCAGAAAUUUGAACAACCACCUGAAAGAGAGCAAAAAAACCAGCAAUCGCGAAAGCACGAGGAAACUUUCUCACCUGCCGCAAUGCCAGGAGUUCCUGAGAAAAGCCAAAGAGUCGUCAGGAAGCGCACCACUGACUUAGAUCUAGAAGCGCAUAAACCCACUAUAGCGUUUGAUGCAAAGUCGGACUGGUGGCUCGAGAAAAAUAUUCCGCAGGGCCUCAUUCACAAUAGCCGCUUCAAAUACAUCUGGGAGGUAGAUGACUGCAAGAUCAAGAAACGUCUAGAUCAAAUUUGGAUUGCGAGGGAUUUUUACGUCUUGUUUGAGGAUUACUCACAGCUGCAUUUGAACCUGUUUUUUGAAAGCAAAGAUCCGAAAGGUACGGUUACGUCAAGAGAGGAGUUUGUAAGAAGCCCUGGGAAUAGCGAUGCCAUUGUUUCCAAUGCGUCUGAAAUCGGUUUGAAAGUUUUUCAAGAGGCACUUUCAAAAGUUAAUUCCAGCUCUGAUAACUUCUUGACCACAAUGCUGUCAGCGAAUGCUAAAAGCGCCAUACCUCCGAUAGCUCAACGCACAUUUGGUAUUCCUAUUUUAAGUUAUGCUGCGGGCGAAACUCUUGACGAGAAAUCGGCGGCACUUGUCAGACCUGGGGACAUUCUCGUGAUCAAAGGUGGUAAGUUUCAAAGCCACACCAAAUUAAUGCCCAAGUCGACAUCAGAGCUUGGAUCACUCUUUACUUGCGUUGUUGCUGAGUUCGAUUUUGCCAAAAGGAAGAUACGAGUUAUCGAAGAACACAACGGCAAAGUAAGGCAGGGCGCUUACCGCCCCGACAGCAUGAAGAGCGGUAAGCUCAAAAUAUUUAGGAUAGUGCCCAGAGGUUAUGUGGGUUGGUAG